UUUAUACCAAGGAAAAAAAAGAAAAACAAAUCCUCUCUUUUCCCUUUUUCUUUUUAUCGGCCCGGAAUUCAUGUUAAUGCUAACUUGACCAGUGAAAUUAAGGGACUGUUUUCUGCAUUUUGGGUGUCAAAUAAUUUCUGGGUUUGACUUUUUUCAGUGAUGGUGGUGGCGGCGGAGGAUGAUCCAUUACCGCACUCGGUUCCGAACUCGAUUCAACUCUUCAAGAACGCAUUUUUGCCAAUCGAAUCAAAUUUUCGAUUCGAGCACUGCUUCAAUGGGUUCGUGAAAGAUCCGAUCUUGCACGAAUUUCAACAAGAUCAUUGCUGUAAGAACGCUGAUUACGAAUCUUCGACCCGACCCGUUGAUAAAUUCGACCAUUUUAGGGCACUCGGCAGUAAUUUAGGGAUUUUGAAGUUUGCGCGAGUACGAGGUUUGCCGUCAAGUAUAGUUGGAGUGGCUUCUGCGAAAGAUGUGGAAGACCAACGAAAUAUUUCUCGUAUAGAAACACAUGCAGGAAGUGUUCUAAAAUCUGCGUUGGCUGGAGGGCUUUCCUGUGCAUUAUCCGCAACGUUAAUGCACCCCGUUGACACAUAUAAGACAUGGGUGCAAGCUUCGACUGUUACUUCCCCGGAAAUUAUAUCGAAGAUUUCUCAAAUCGGGGUCCGGGGAUUAUACAAGGGAUCUAUACCAGCUAUUGUCGGGCAAUUUGCAAGCCACGGUAUGCGAACCGGAAUUUGUGAAGCAAGCAAGUUUGUGUUGGUAAACAUUGCACCGACGCUUUCAGAAAUACAGGUUCACUCAGUGGCAUCAUUUAGUAGCACGUUUAUCGGAACAGUAAUGCGAAUCCCAUGCGAAGUGUUGAAGCAGAGAUUGCAGGCCGGUUUGUUCGACAAUGUUGGGGAAGCUAUAACCGGAACUUGGCUUCUAGAAGGUUCAAAGGGUUUCUUCCGUGGCACCGGUGCAACUCUCUGCCGCGAGAUACCCUUCUACGUCGCCGGAGCGGGCCUUUAUUCCCAAUCCAAGAAGGUUGCUCGGAAACUUCUAGAAAGAGAGCUGGACCCUCUAGAAGCAAUCGUAAUAGGGGCUUUGUCCGGUGGGAUAACUGCAGUUAUGACAACUCCACUCGAUGUAAUAAAAACGAGGAUGAUGAUUGCUCCUCAAGGGCAAAAGGUGACUUUUUCGAUUUUAGCACUUUCGAUUUUGCAAAAUGAAGGUCCACUCGGAUUGUUCAAAGGGGCAGUUCCGAGAUUCUUUUGGGUUGCUCCGCUUGGUGCAAUGAAUUUUGCGGGUUACGAGCUUAUAAGGAAGGCCAUGGGCUAAAAUUAUUGGAGGUAAUGCUAUAAAUAUGUAUUUCUAAGUGUUUACAAUUGAUUUAUCUCAAAAGGAAAAAAAAAAAAAAAAAAAGUGUUUGCAAAUUGCAAUUAAUUUGGCUUCUCUUAAACUAAAUUGUUAUAGACUAUGGUCCUAUAAGGCCUCGUUUGGUUACUGUUAUUAAGUUUUAUUGACUAAA